CUAACCUCAAUUUAUUUCCCAAGUGUCAAUCAUGUGUCAAUAAUAAUAAACAAUAUUUUUUGUUUAUUGAUUGAUUGUUGAAGAAAAACAAUUGUCAUAAAAUUUUUGUUCUUUAAUAAUUUUUAUAAUUAUUUCAAUGUUUUCUAAUUGUUAAAAUUUAAAGCAUUAAGUUUGUUUUCUCUCAUAAUAAUAACGAUUUCCUUAAAUUUCGAAUUUCAUGAAAAUAUGUCAGGAAACACAAAGAAAAAUUGGACCGAUCACAAUGCAAAGCAUAAAGAGAAAAGAAAAAUUCUAAUGGAAGAAAAAUUAGAAAAAAAAUCGAAAAAAAGUUCUGAAAAUGAUGUAGAAAUUUCGAAUGACAGUGAAGUGAAGAGCAAAGACAUAAAGAAAAAUUGUAUCUCAACGCUUAGUAUAGCAGUGCCAGGAUCAAUUCUAGACAAUGCUCAAUCUCCCGAAUUACGGACUUACGUCGCUGGUCAAAUUGCUCGUGCCGCGUGUAUAUACAAAGUGGAUGAAAUUAUCGUUUUCGACGACAAGGGCGACGCAGCUCACGAGAAACUAAAAGAAAAACUAACUACCAACGAAGAGAGUAAAUCCUGCCUUCAAUUGGCUAGAAUAUUACAGUACCUCGAGUGUCCUCAAUAUCUACGUAAAUAUUUUUUCCCUCUACACAAAGACCUGCAAUUCGCUGGACUAUUAAAUCCCCUCGACGCUCCACAUCACUUGAGACAGCAGGACAUUUCUCUCUUUCGCGAAGGUGUCGUUAAGAACAAACCAUUGAAAGUAGGCAAAGGUUCUCAGGUGAACGUAGGACUUUUAAAUGACGUCUACGUUGAUAAAGUUCUCACCCCUGGAAUUAGAGUAACUGUGAGACUUAGUCAAGAAGAUGUCAACCUGAAGAAACUAAAUGGCGUUGUAGUUUCUCCAAAUGUGCCUAGAUUAGAAACGGGUACCUACUGGGGUUACUCCGUUCGUCUGGCGAAUUGUGUGAGUGAAAUUUUCACAAAGUGUCCCUAUGCAACGGGCUAUGAUCUAUCCAUUGGCACUUCGGAUAAGGGAUCGAACAUUGACGAUGUCUCUAAUAUGAGUCUCAAGUAUUUUCAUUCCUUAAUUGUUUUUGGAGGACUCUCUGGUUUGGAGUCGGCCAUUGAACAAGAUCCUGUUUUGGAUACCCAAGAUCCUACUUUGGUAUUCAAUAAAUAUUUUAAUACUUGUCCGGAGCAAGCUUCACGGGUUAUUCGAACUGAGGAGGCUAUUCUUAUUUCGCUUGCUGAACUGAGGCAUAAAUUGUCUCCAAUACAUCAGCCAGUCAAGAAUCAACAAUUUAUGGAUACUGAUUUUGUAAAUAAUUCCUAAUUAAUUAAUUAAUUCGAAUUCGAGAAUUUGUUACUGUUAAAAUCUGCACGAAUCUUAUGCAUUUUUAUUCAUAUACCAUUGUUGACUAAUAAAAACAAGAUUUUAAAUUUGUA